GCACCAGCCACUGCUACGCUAAGUAAGGACGUGGAAGACUCACUCAAGAGCAUGGCCAUAUUCGUACAGCAACAAAUGGAGAAGGAAGAAGAGGAGAAGCAACAGAAGAAGGAAGCUGAUGAAAGGAAAAAGAAAGCGGAGGAAGAAAGAGCCGCGACGGAAGAAGCGAAUAGAAUAGCCUUGGAGAGAAAGAAGGCGAAAGAUCUUAAGGAGGCCAAAAGGAUCUGGGAAUUCGAGAAAAUGCUCGCUAAACAGAAAGAGGCAAUAGAGGAAGAAUUUGAGCGGAGAUUAGAGAGUAGACUGAAGGGGGUAAUGAUCAUUGAGAAGAUCGUGAAAGCGAAGACGAAGCAGAAAACACCAUCACCUGCUAACUCGGACUCUGAAGAAGAAGAGGAAGCACUGCAUGAUGAGAGAUUUGAUAAACGAAAAAGACAGGCUGGCCAAACUUCUGGUGGACAAAUCAGCCCUGCUGGAACACCUGCAAAAAUUGGUCGACAAGAAGCUAAUGAGGAACUGCCACCAAGAACCAUGGAGGAAUGCGACCUGGGUGAAAUGCUUAGAGGAAGAGGACGCGUCAGAAAGGAAGGGAAUGGGUUCCCUAUCCAUGAUUCUGCCCUGUGGGAAGUUCCCACUAUUGCGGUUCCCACCGCCGCCGCUUCCACCGCUGUGGUCUCCACUGCUGCUGUUUCAACUUCGGGUUUCACUCCAGCAGUUUCUGCUGCGGAAGUUGCCUCCGCUGCUCGUCCUGUCACUGCUUGUUCAUCUGCUGCCAAUGCAGUUCCCACCGUUGCGGUUCCCACCGCCGCCGCUUCCACCGCUGCCGCUUCCACCGCUGCCGCUUCCACCGCUGUGGUCUCCACUGCUGCAGUUUCUACUGCUGAGAACGAGUCGGAGGAGGUGGCGCAGGAUGAUGACCGGGAGGAGAGGAGGAGGCAAGGAGGAGGGAAAGGAGGAGGACGGGAAGGAAGCCGAAUAGGAAGACAAAAAAUAUGGUCGUGCAUCUCCCCAUGUUCAUUCCAUUUUGCACGGGAGAACAAGCCGGAGGAGGGGCGGGAUGACGAGCGGGAGGAGGGGAAGGAGGAGGACAGGGAUGAGACGAACGGGAAGACAACAAGAUAUGGCGGUGUCUCUCUUCAUGUUCCAGCGGAAGAUUCCCUCCAUUUCGGAUGGGAGGAGGAGCCGGAAGAAGACGGGGGGGAUGACGAGCGGGAGGAGGGGAAGGAGGACGACGGGGAGGAGGACGAACGGAAAGACAAAAAGAUAUGGCCAAGGAAGAUUAAUUCCACUUUGCACGAGAGGAGCGGGAGCAAGACGAGUAGGAGGAGGAAAGGGAGGAGGGACAAAGUAGGAGGAACGAGAGGAGGGACAAAGAGCAUGUCUGUCAUGUCAACUGUGAAGGAGGACCCUUCUUCGGUUGGUUCCUCCGCACGGCUUGAAGAUGUCACAGCAGGCCCGUCCUUGCAAUCGCUCCACGAAGAUGGAGCACAGAAGAAGAACCAGAAAGUGGGUUUAUCAUGGUUUUCGGGGGGCUGGAAGAAUCCGGAUGCUGAUGUUAACAAGGGCAAAGAGCUCGCCACAGGACCAUGCGUGAUCGAGCCGUCAAGAGAUCUGGAGUGUGGGAUGUUUGAUGACAGCGGUACGUGCUUCUGGGCGGGAGAUGACGAGUCUUGGCCUGAUUACUACGCCCAGGGCGGCCCCAUUCCUACUGGAUGCCCCAGGAGUCCUUAUGGCUGUUGGAUGAUGCUCCUGUGGAAUCAGGGCUUGAGGGCCUUGUUUUAUCUUUUGCUCCUUCUGACUGCUCUAGCUCUUGUGCUUUACGUUUUGAUUGAUGGAACGCGUGAUGCGAGGCACAACCGCGCGCGGUAUGUGGAAAGAGCCUGUAUGACGCGCACAGCUCUCCUCGAACAAGAGUUUGCCGGUCAAGUGGAAAAGGUUGCCAGUGUUGUGUCUUUUCUGAAAACCUUCUACGUUUCCAAUACGAAGGCGGGCGCUGCUGUUUCCCCAUUAGCGCUGACGGAGAAUCAGUUCCUCGAAUUCACAAACUCGAGCAAACAGCAAAGGCCAUGGGUGGGAAAGAUGUCAUUUGCAAUCAUCGUCAACGGAAGCGAGCGUGAGAAAUUUGAAAGUGCCAACCGGACGAUUCUGAAUCCUCGAGACUAUGCAAGGCAGGAAGUAAAGGAUGUUUAUGCACCCAUCCUUUAUGCGGAAGCGGAAGCCCUCCCUCUGUAUACAGACCUUUACGAAGGUAAUUUGAGCACGAAGGUGCGGAGGAAUGUUGACCACAAAGGAAGGACCUGCGGGGUUGUCUCCAACGGCAGAAGUGACUUCCCAUGGUCCGAACCAUUUCGGAAGGAGUUUGCGCGAAACGUCCUGCUCGAGCGCAAAUUCCUCGGAGAGGACCCAAACAAGGUCUCCCUCGCGGAAAGGACAUCGAAGUCGACGUCGGUUAGCCUGCUGCUGCAUGCGGAUCUGAGCCUUUUGCAUAUUCGAGCGGGCUUUGAUCAGCAAGUCCCGGUACUUCCGAACGGAAGCGGGAGAGAAGGGGACGUCUGGAGAGAAGGGGACGUCUAUGUCGGCGGCCUGUGGCAGAAGGAGAUCAGCGAAGAUCCGUGCUUUUUCUCCACCAUGAUGAAGCUCGAAUGGUGUGACGCAGAUCGCCGGGUGCACCGAAGUGUUAUAGGUGAACUCAAUGUCGGGAAGCCGGUCAACCUAAUCUUUUUGGUCAGGACGGAUGAGCGUACGCAACAUCAUCUGAGCGGUCUGGUGUGCUCGCUCCGUCUGGCCAUCCGUCUGUGGGUGCCGAGCCGAGAUCGGCUUCAUUGUCGUGCCGGACUCAGCCAUAAGGGAAGUCCAAAAGGCCGACAUGAAGCGAGUAUCUCGGUCGCUCACUAUGUCUUCCGGAACACCCUGGUUGGUAAUCCAACCGAUGUGCAAGAGUUGUGCGAGCUCAGGCGCUGCAGCAUGAUACUUGCACGGAAGAAAGCGAGCAUACUUGCUCAAACGGUCAACGACCGUGAGAAUACCGUCAUGGCCGAGGCGAUCGCGGGGGAACGGGCCUGUCACGUCCAUAGCAAUGGAGAGGCGCGGUGCCCGAGGAAUCGGCAACGGUUUCAGUUCGCCGAAGGGGACUCGAGAUCGACCCUUGUUACAGUGGCAAACUGCAUAUGACUCAAUGUACCUCGUGACGUCAUGAAGGACGUCGGGCCAGUGAAAACGCUGGCGGAGGCAUGCUAACGUGCGGUUUACGCCAAG